AGCGGUCUUCCUGGGAAUUUCGUUGUGAGUGAAUGUGAGGAGGAGCCAGCGGGCUUUGAACAGGUCUUGCGGCACAGUCUGUGGCUUCUGAGUGAAAGGGGCCUCGCGGUCGUCGUCCGGUUCCUCCCAAGUCGCGAUGCUGCUAUGGGUCUUGACAUAGUGGCUGGGCUGGAACAAGGGAUGAAGUGGGAAAUAUGAGUGAGCAUGUAAGAACAAGAUCCCAAUCCUCAGAAAGAGGAAAUGACCGAGAGUCUUCCCAGCCGGUUGAAUCUGUGAUUGUCCAGCAGCCCGCUGAGGAAAAACGUCAAGAAGAGGAACCACCAAAUGAAAAUCAGGGUAUUGCACCUAGUGGGGAGAUUGAAAAUGAAGGAACACCUGCUGUUCAAGGGCCUGACGUGGAAGCUUUUCAACAGGAAUUGGCUCUGCUUAAGAUAGAGGAUGAGCCUGGAGAUGGUCCUGAUGUCAGGGAGGGGACUCUGCCCACUUUUGAUCCCACUAAAGUGCUGGAAGCAGGUGAUGGGCAACCUUAGGUUUAAACCAAGACAAAUGAAGACUGAAACCAAGAAUGUUGUUCUUAUGCUGGAAAUUUGACUGCUAACAUUCUCUUAAUAAAGUUUUACAGUUUUCUGCAAA